AUAUUACUAAGCAAUAGGCACUGGGAAAACAAAGAAAUACCAGUAAGGACUCUUGGGUUCAGUGGAAGAGGCUGUGCAAACAGGUAAAUCCUGAACUUGAGAGGGAGCAAGGCAAGGACGACCUUCAGCUGUCAGACGCAGGCUGGAGCCUCAGGGCACUUGAAGUUUCAAACUGAGCAGCCACUGGGGUGGGGUGGGGUGGUUAUUCCAGGAAAAGCCUUAGAACAAGCAAAGACUAACAGUUCUGGGAAACCAAGAAAACAAAUCAGUGUGUUUCAACAGUCAACCACUUGUAGUCCGCUUUUAUGUUAUUACUGUUGCUAUGUCUCCAUAUUAUGUAUACUAAAUUGAUUUUUAAAAAUGCAAAUGAGUUUUUAAAACCAUGACUUUCUAUUGUUGCCGUAAAGUCACCACUCGUUAUAAAAUUGAAGCUUAUUCUUUAACUAUCAGGUUUAGUUCUAGUUUCUGGAUAAAAGGGAUAAAAGGGGUGACCAGGACGCGAUGAGGAUAAAUUAACGUAAGAUAGAAGUAGAUACCACAUGGAACACUGACGUGAGAGGGUUACUACAGUAGAGAGGAGUCCUUGGAGACGUUAUCUGAGUCGGAGACUAAAGCACCUUAACCUCUAAAAUGAAAACCAGGACAUUACAUUUCAGCCCAGAGCGGCUGCUCGCAAAAGCGGGGCACGCUCACACCCAACUGACUUUCCACAAGAAAAGAGAUCCAAAGACCAGGGAUCGCUCAGGCCGGUCCAAUUCCAUCGGAAUCCACUGAAUCUCUGCGAGGCUCCCCGGCAGGAAGUAUCCCGCCCAGCGCACAAACACUGCAGGGUGUUUACGAGGCGCACGCUGAAACCACCCUGUGACAAAUCAGUAAACCGAAGCAAGACAAGUCCACUCUCAACCCCACAGUAGCAAAGCACAACCCUGGGAUAUGAAGCCCGAAGGCCGCUUCCAGUCCGGCCAGCAGGAGCCAGGCAGAACCCGGAAGACUGCCACCCUCGCGGCGCUGUGGCCUAGGCGUGGCUCAAAAGGAGAACUAAGGAACGACGGGACGCGAGCAUGCGCAGUGGCGGCCUCGGCGCUAGGGGAGGGCUCCCGCGGCGGACGUCGACACGCAGGCGUCGGAGCCGGAGCCCCGUGGGGAGGAGGGCGAAGACUCCAUCCGCCAUGUUGGAUGCCGCAGAUUCGCCAUAACCUCUCCGGCUCUUUUCUUAAAAAAAUAAAAAUAAAAAGCGAAGCGUUAGAAGGCCGCCCUGCCUUCUCGGUCGGCACGGGAGGGGACCCAGAAGAACCCGAAGCUUUUUUUUCCUCUGCGGUGUGGCCGUUGCCAUGGAGACGCAGGCGGCAGAAAACACGGCCAUUUUCAUGUGUAAAUGUUGUAAUCUCUUCUCGCCAAACCAGUCAGAACUGCUCUCCCAUGUCUCUGAGAAGCACAGGGAUGAAGGAGUUAAUGCAGAUGACAUCAUCAUUCCCCUGAGGCCCCUGAGUACUCCUGAACCCUCCAACCCCAGCAAAGAGGGAGACGAGUUUUUGGUCAUGAAGAGGAAGAGAGGCAGACCUAAGGGGUCUACAAAGAAGCCCAGUGUGGAAGAGGAGCUGGCAGAAAACACGGCAAGUCCAAGCGAGAAUGGGAAGCUGGCCCCGGAGGAAGGGAGUGGCCUGGCACCCAGCAGCCUGGAGUGCAGCAAGUGCUGUCGCAAGUUCUCCAACCCGCGCCAGCUGCGGAAGCACAUCUGCAUCAUCGUGCUGAAUCUGGGCGAGGAGGAAGGAGAAGCAGGUAAUGAGUCAGAUCUUGAACUGGAAAAGAAGUAUAAGGAAGACGAUCGAGAAAAGGCCCCCAAAAGACCUCGGUCCCAGAAAACAGAGAAAGUCCAGAAGAUUUCCUCAGGAAAGGAGGCAAGGCAGCUGUCUGGAACAAAGAAACCCAUCAUCAGUGUGGUUCUAACUGCUCACGAAGCCAUUCCAGGUGCUACCAAGAUUAUCCCAGUGGAGGCUGGGCCCCCAGAGACUGGAGCAGCAAAUCCAGAGACCUCCGCAGUGGACCUGGUGCCGCGGAGAGGGUACCAGGAGUAUGCCAUUCAGCAGACCCCCUAUGAGCAGCCGAUGAAGUCAAGCAGGCUAGGUCCCACCCAACUGAAGAUCUUCACUUGUGAAUAUUGCAACAAGGUCUUCAAAUUCAAGCACUCACUGCAGGCCCACCUGCGGAUCCACACCAAUGAGAAGCCAUAUAAGUGCCCCCAAUGCAGCUAUGCCAGUGCCAUCAAGGCCAACCUCAACGUGCACCUACGCAAGCACACCGGCGAGAAGUUCUCCUGUGACUACUGCUCUUUCACCUGCCUCAGCAAAGGCCACCUCAAGGUGCACAUUGAGCGGGUGCACAAGAAGAUCAAGCAGCACUGCCGCUUUUGCAAGAAGAAGUAUUCCGAUGUCAAGAACCUCAUCAAGCACAUACGGGACACGCACGACCCACAGGACAAGAAAGUCAAGGAGGCCCUGGAUGAGCUCCGCCUGAUGACAAGGGAGGGCAAGCGGCAGCUGCUCUAUGACUGUCACAUCUGUGAGCGCAAGUUUAAGAAUGAACUGGACCGGGACCGCCACAUGCUAGUCCAUGGUGACAAGUGGCCCUAUGCUUGUGAGCUCUGUGGCCAUGGGGCCACCAAGUACCAGGCACUGGAGCUGCACGUGAGGAAGCACCCCUUUGUAUAUGUCUGUGCCAUUUGCCUCAAGAAGUUUGUCAGCUCCAUCAGGCUGCGCUCCCACAUCAAAGAGGUGCAUGGGGCAGCCCAGGAGGCCCUGGUCUUUACCAGUUCCAUCAACCAGAGCUUCUGCCUCCUGGAGCCAGGAGGGGACAUCCAGCAAGAAGCCCUGGGAGACCAGCUGCAGCUUGUAGAAGAGGAGUUUGUGUGUCGCGAGGUAGAUGCACUUAAAGAGGAGGCUGGUCCUGAGGAUACUCGGUGUGAGGAGGAGCAGAAGGAGCUGGAAGUCCCUGUGGAAUUGCCUGCCCCAGAGAUGCCCUUGGCCAGCCCCCAGGCUGAAAGUGAUGCCCUGCCACCCUGCGAGCUGGAAACCACUGUGGUCUCAGCAGAUCUGCAUUCUCUUGCUGUGGUUUCUGAUGAUUUUUUAUUAAAAAAUGAUACCUCCUCUACUGAGGCUCAUGCUGCUGCUGAGAAGAAUUUGGACUCCCAGCAUGAAGGCUCAGCCCAGACUCAGGGUGAAGAAAUCAUGCUACUCCUAUCUAAGACCAAAAGUCCUAGGCCUGCCCCAGAGACCCAGAGUGCCAAGAGCCCUCCAAAUGAAGGCCAGCAAGUGACUUCCCUCCCAGCAUGUGAACCUGAUCCCAGCAGAUGUCUUAGGCCAAACCCAACUGAGGCCUCAGACCUCCUUCCUCCAGUGGCCAGUGUGGGGGACACUGAUGUGCACCAGCCUGACUUUUGUAAACCUGCCUCUGAGCACCAGCCUGGCAGCACUGCUUUCAUGAAGGUACUGGACAGUUUGCAGAAGAAGCAAAUGAACCCUGGCCUGUGCGAGAGGAUCCGGAAGGUGUACGGAGACCUGGAGUGUGAAUAUUGUGGCAAACUUUUUUGGUACCAAGUGCAUUUUGACAUGCAUGUCCGCACCCACACCCGAGAACAUCUGUAUUAUUGCUCCCAGUGUCAUUAUUCUUCCAUCACCAAAAACUGCCUUAAACGCCAUGUAAUUCAGAAACACAGUAACAUCUUGCUGAAGUGUCCCACUGACGGCUGUGACUACUCGACUCCAGAUAAAUAUAAGCUACAGGCACAUCUUAAAGUCCAUACAGAGCUGGACAAAAGGAGCUAUUCUUGUCCUGUGUGUGAAAAGUCUUUUUCAGAAGAUCGAUUGAUAAAGUCACAUAUCAAGACCAACCAUCCUGAGGUCUCCAUGAGCACCAUUUCUGAGGUUCUUGGGAGGCGGGUGCAACUGAAAGGGCUGAUUGGAAAGAGAGCCAUGAAGUGCCCAUACUGUGAUUUCUACUUCAUGAAGAAUGGCUCAGAUCUUCAGCGUCACAUCUGGGCUCAUGAAGGUGUGAAGCCCUUCAAAUGUUCCUUGUGUGAGUAUGCUACUCGUAGCAAGAGUAACCUUAAAGCUCAUAUGAAUCGUCACAGCACUGAGAAGACUCACCUGUGUGACAUGUGUGGGAAGAAAUUCAAAUCAAAAGGGACGUUGAAGAGUCACAAGCUCCUUCACACAGCUGAUGGAAAGCAGUUCAAGUGCACAGUGUGUGACUACACAGCAGCCCAGAAGCCCCAAUUGCUGCGGCACAUGGAACAGCAUGCCUCCUUUAAGCCUUUCCGUUGUGCUCACUGCCAUUAUUCCUGCAACAUCUCUGGCUCCCUCAAGAGGCACUACAACCGGAAACACCCCAGCGAGGAGUAUGCCAAUGUGGGCAGUGUGGAGCUUGCAGCCGAAGCACUCAUCCAGCAAGGUGGUUUGAAGUGUCCUGUUUGCAGCUUUGUGUAUGGUACCAAAUGGGAGUUCAACAGGCACUUGAAGAACAAGCAUGGCUUGAAGGUGGUGGAAAUUGAUGGAGACUCCAAGUGGGAGUCAACAGCAGAAACUCCUGAGGAGCCCUCCACGCAGUAUCUCCACAUCACAGAAGCUGAAGAAGAUGUUCAGGGGACACAGGCGGCUGUGGCCGCGCUCCAGGACCUGAGAUAUACCUCUGAGAGUGGUGACCGCCUCGACCCCACAGCUGUGAACAUACUACAGCAAAUCAUCGAGCUGGGCACUGAGACACACGACGCUGCUGCUGUAGCCUCAGUGGUUGCCAUGGCACCUGGGACAGUGACUGUGGUAAAACAGGUCACUGAAGAGGAGCCCAGCUCCAACCACACGGUCAUGAUCCAGGAGACCCUUCAGCAAGCCUCCGUGGAGCUGGCCGAGCAGCACCAUCUGGUGGUGUCCUCUGACGACGUGGAGGGCAUCGAGACGGUGACUGUGUACACUCAGGGUGGGGAAGCCUCGGAGUUCAUCGUUUACGUGCAGGAGGCCAUGCAGCCUGUGGAGGAGCAGGCCGGGGAGCAGCCAGCCCAGGCGCUCUAGAGGAUGUGGCCUUGCCAGGGCACAGGAUGGGCUGUUGAGCACCGGAGCAGGAGCCCACCCGGCCACAUGGCCUGUGUGGCAGCACAGUCCUCUGCACCCCCAGCGGCCCAAGUGAGGCUUGUUCAGGUGGUUACGGUGACUGCAUCACCAGCAGUGUGGGGCCCUGGACCCAGCACGGACUCACAGACACACCCUCCUUACCAAUACCAUCUGCUUCAGAAGGAUCUCUGCAUCCGCCCUUCUGCCCAUGUCACCCCUUGCUUCCAGAUCUAAACUGAGACCAUCCCAUCAGCAUCUUCCCGGAAUCACAUCCCAGCCCCUGGCCCCGCUGCCCAUCCCUGCCUAGGCCCCGUGCAGUCCAGUGAAAGGGAGACAGCCAUCCCACAGCAAGUGACCUUAUGGCUGAUGAGUGGCGCUGGGUGGGUGGGUGGGUGGGUGGGAUUGUCCUAGUGCUCUCCCCAGGGUCCCGCCCUCCUCAAGUUCAGUGGUGCUUGGGAUCAAGUGGAAAAACCACCUUCCCUGUCACAAGGUCCCAGCUGGCCAUUUUGGAGUUCUUUGGCUUUUAAGAAAAAUGCACUUUUACCCUUUGCCCCCCAUUCUGAGAGAUGAGGCGGGUGGAAUAAAAGUGUUCUUUGCCUGUG